AUGGCGAGUGAUCAAAUCAUGCAUGUGCAACCUGAAGUUUUAGAUAUUGAUGAAACCAAUAACUAUUUGAACGGUCAAUUAUUGAAGUUAUGUGCUGGACCUCUGUUUGAUACUCCAAAAGUUGGAGAGAAACUAGUUACUUCUAUCAACGACGAACUUUGUCAACUAAAACCAAUUUUUGAUAUUUCUUCAAAAAUUUGUUGUACUGUUUUUAGUAUCAACCUUAAGGUAGAGAACAAUACUAAUGACAUUUAUGCAGAGGUUGCUUUGUUGCCUGAUACAUCUGAUGUUGAAAUUCCUAUUCCUAAAAACAAAAACAACAUACAAAACAUUAACUAUUUCACCAAGGUGUUAAGUGCUUCUGAUACCUGCAAAACUGGUGGUUUUGUUUUGUAUAAACGACAUGCCAUGGAAUGUCUUCCCCUGCUGGAUAUGUCUCAGCUAACCCCAAGUCAAGAGAUAAUUGCUAAAGAUAUUCAUGGUCACGAAUGGAGUUUUAAACACACUUUAAGAGGAGAGAAUGGGGAAUCACGAGUUGGUAUCAGUAGAGCAGCUCAUCAGGAACGCAACAUACCAACAUCUUCAAUUUCAAAACAGAGUAUGCACCAUGGUGUAGUUGCUACUGCACUGAAUACUAUUAAAAACAAAUGUAUGUUUGUUGUGUUCUAUAAGCCAAGAUCGAGCCAAUUCCUUGUCAACUUCGAUAAAUUUGUAGAUAGAGUGAAUAAUAAGUUUAGUAUAGGCUCCAAAUUUUCGAUGAAGUUCGAAGGAAAAGAUUUAAAUGAAACAAGAUACAAUGGAACAAUAGUAGGAGUGGGAGAUUUCUCCACUCAUUGGAAGGAUUCAGAAUGGCGAAGUCUAAAAGUGCAAUGGGAUGGAACUGCAACAAUUCCACGACCUGAUAAGGUAUCUCCAUGGGAGAUUGAGAUGCUAACACAGUCAUCAAACAUUUCCAAGUCAGAUUAUCUAAAAAAUAAACGUCAAAUCGACGUAUAUGAAUUUGGUUCAAAAAUGUGGUCUCCUACCUUGUCCAAAGGCCAAGAAUCGGGACAGCCAAGCAUACAAUCUUCCAUGAGAUACUCAUUCUCUACCAUGUACAAUGAGCAAAUGGCUCAAGCAAUGAAAGAAACGUCAACCACAACCGCAACUACUAGCUGCAGACUGUUUGGAGUUGAUCUAGUGAAUCCCGCUACAACAAAGGAUCCAGUGGAACCUAUUGACUCAAACAAAAAAUUGAAGAUUUCUAAAAUCUUUGAGGAUGAAAAGAUUGACCAUGUCCAAGCUAGAAGUCAUACUAAGGUUCAUAUGGAAGGUGUCAUAGAAAGGACUGUAGAUUUAACUAUAUUUGAUGGAUACAAUCAGUUGAUCGAUGAACUAGAAAGACUUUUUGAUAUCAAAGGCGAGUUGCAUAUGCACAAUAAAUGGAAAAUGUUUUUCAUAUAUGAUGAUGGAGAUGUGAUGAUUCUUGGAGAUGAUCCUUGGACCAAAUUUUGUUAUAUGGCGAAGGAAAUAUUCAUAUGUUCAAAAAAGGAUGUCAAGAUAGGGAUAGCAGAUAAUAGAUUCUCUGAAGGUGAUCCAACAUUAACAACAACAAUCUUACCACCAGAUGUCAACAACAAUUAGAGAGUUUUGGUUUUAAAAAUUAAAUGUUGCUUAUUUUUAUUAUAUAUUAAAUAAAAGGGUUUGAAUCUUGUGUAACUUAAAAAUAUAUUAUGGAGUGUUUGGUAUUUGAUGAUUGGUGUCUUGUCUAGCAGUUGAAGUUAUAAAUGAAGAAAAUAUCUUCUUCUUUUUUUUGUUUUUAAUCUUUUGUUCACUUUUUUAGUAUUGUGCGUGUAUGUCUUUUUGGUAUUACAUAUAUUAUGGCAUGUUUUGGCAUUUGAUAGUGGCGUGUAAUCACUCUUCUCAAGAACUCUCUGACAAGGUAACAUGAAUAAAUAAAUCGGUGAAUAUGACUUAUAUGAGAAAAAUUGGAAAUGCUACUCCCAAAACUACUUUCACAGCUUCAGAGACUUGGAGUCAUCUUCAGGUUCAGCUUCCUGUGUUAAAUGGCAUCAGUCAGUUUCGUUCAAAAGCUCAAUGCCAAGCAUGGAUAGGCUAGGGGUUGGGGUCUCAAUGUUCCCUCGGAUAUUCUUCUUUGCGCAAGCCACCAAGAGAACAUACAGCACAUCUUUCCGGUUGCUCAUAUUCCUUUGAGGUUUGGUCUUUCUUCUCGUCCAAACUCCAUUAGUGCUGUUAUCCAAGCCGGUAAGGUGCAUCUACAUUUCCAGAUUGUCCUUUAGGGAGAGAGGAACAGAUUGAGAAGGAGUGCAGUCUUUGUAAUGAACUCCACCGAGCCUAUAAAUUGUUCCCUUGCUUGUCUGCACACUCUAAAGAAGGAAACAAGGAAAUAAGUUAGCAGUUAGGUGAUUAAACUAAACACCUAUCACAAGCAAUGACAAUCUACUCAGAAUAGCACAGAGCUCACUAUAUCAACAACUUAGAAUUAUACCAAACAAUUAAGCAAGUUAAUCUAGUUGAGGCAAAGAGUUAACUAGGGGAGUCAAAAUUUGCACAAUCAAAUAGGGAAGAAAACAAAGCUUUUAUGGGGGUUCAGAAUUUCUGCAAAGCCAAUGACAAGUAAUCAAAAAGAUGCGGAAACGAAAAAAAAAUAUAAUACGAAAAACAAUCUUCAAAACAAAAGACUUUUAUUUUGAGUUUUCGUAUGAGCGUUCUAGAGACAGAAUCGUACAUGAAGUUUGUAUGGAAGCGAGAUUACAACAUAAAUCUAAUAACAAAGGCAGAAAAAUAAUCUAGGUUCAAUAGAGUAACCACCUAUGUCAAGAAAAUCUAUAUGAGUCGCAACUCAUUUAGCAAAAGACGAAAAUAAAGCCUAAGGUUUCUAAUUGCAGAGAGUUUUGAUAGCUAAGUUUCUUACCCCUUUCUUCUCUGUCCCGGCCUUGUUUAUAUACA